AUGGGUCUACUUAUACUAAUUGUGGUUCUAGUGGCUGUUAGCUGUACAGACGCACAGAUCAGCGCAAUGUUUGGAAACCCGAUCCAGGCACCAAACUGUGAGACAUGGUCAGAAUGGGGUCCAUGUGUGUGGUUGAAAGGCAAAGAGAAAAGGUUCCAACGUUCAUAUUUUGAUCAACUUCUACCAGGAAGAAAAGGUUGCCGGAAUCAUGUGUUUUUCCGACUUUUAAAGGAUCGAUGGGGAGUGGCUUUUAAUAACUUCUACAAUUAUCUACGUGAUAUAACUAUCAGCGAACAACAAUGCGGUGAAUGUUCGUAUCAACAGAGUUGUGGACGGCAAUGUCAUCGUCGUGGUGAUGUAUCAAUGAUCAAUCCGCUGUUCGUCGCUGAACGUCGUUGUAUGGGAAUUGAUCAGAAUCAGGCUUGCACCUCGAAAUUCACACCAGACUGUAAACUUUGGCCGAAUCCAGCGAUACAAUUGCCGAAUGUCACGGAAAGUAUGCAGCAGAUCAUCGACGGUUUAGACUACCUCACUUGUGUGCCGCAACACAGACCAUCUGGAUCAGUAUGUCGUUGUUGUUGCCAUCCGUAUACACCAAAUCCACAGACGUUCGAAUGUGAAUUGAAACCAUUCGUUGGCGGCCAUUAA